AUGUUGACUUACCCACCACUUUCAGGGCUCUACGAAAAAUGGAGGCAUGAUCCCAUCGAGUACGGAGCUGCUGCUCUGUUACAAAACCUUGUCAUACUUUGCUUUAGAAUCGAAAACAAUUUCUGCCCAACAUUUGAGCAGCCUCCGGACGCAGGAGCGCGCAGGAACUUCCGAAUUGAUGUGCUCAUCUACGACUACAGCCCUUUGUACAGUUCACCUGGAUCGCUCAUUCCGCGAUUGUUGGUGGAGAUCAAAGGAGGAGGUGGUUCAUCACGAGAGGUUGAGGACCAAGCACUAGCGAAUGCUCGGGCGUCUAUCGCGCAGUAUAGCCUUCUCGGCCUCUUCGUACAGACAGUUAUCGGGAUUGAGCGUUCCUUGUGCUUCCGCUUUUGGUGGGUAGACCCAGUCAACUUAAGCCUCUUGCCUCUGGACAACGGCCCUCAAUCUGGGUCCCGCAAAGGACGCAGUGCAUACGUCGACCUGAAUACCGACAACGGAAAUUUGCUAGAGAGUUACUACGAUCAAGUCAAAAACGGUAUGCCGAUCCUACCCACGGCAGUAUCAGACCAGGACCAGCUGGACCCGCUGGCACAGAGUCAGCUCAACCAGUUCGCACAAGAUCUGGAUCAGUCGGCAAACGAUCUGCCAAACGAGACCUCUGACGCAAACUUCCAGGGCUAUGAAGAAGAUGAAAUGCUAGUUGACACGGAGCAAGGACAACUUUCGGAGCCGGAGCCUGAAGAAACGGACCCAGAAGCUGGAGCCGGUCCUUCUCAGGCCCAAGGGGCGAGUCAGAGUCGACGCACAACUUCUUCCAAUGCCCAUCGGAUUGAGAUCGUCUAUGAACCGCAUACUUUCAGUAGCGAUAAGUUCAUCUUCAAAAAGCAUAAGAAAGGCAGAUCUCACAUUACCGAGCUUAAGGACUGGGAUAAGCAACGCACUCGGGAUGGAGAAGUGUGGACCUGGAAAGCCGACAGAAAGUACUGGGGCUACAAGCCACGAAACAUGGAAAGACAUUGA